AAGUUUUCUACAUUAUUUUUUCAAUUUAUGAUCUAGAUCAGAGAGUAUCUGAUCCUUUUUAAGGAUGUCCUUGAUUCCAAACUUUGAUGGAAACAUGAUCAGUCAGUUACAAGACAUCUGAAAUACAGCAUCUACUGCCCUCUAUCGUCCAGAGUGGGGCAUUGCACGUCCCCGGUUACCCUGCGGUCCCGCCCCCUCCUGCCUGCGGGCUCCGGACGGGCAAAGCUUCAGGAAUCAGGAUGCAGUCAACUCAGCCGCCAGACAGUGUGGGUCCAGCAGCGAACUCCGUCAGGACAAGUCCUUCCUCCAACAUGAGGGUCGCUGGACCUUCAGAGCCGCCCCGCGACAGCCUCAGAGCCGCAGAGGCGUUCCGCUGAAGCUCCUCCGGGUCUCAUGCAGGUAGAGUCAUGGCAACCAAGCUCCUGGACCGUCUGAAGCGCUCGCUUUUUAAAGAUGGCCAGGGGGCGGAGCCAGAGCAGGAAUCGGAAGGCGGGCGCAGAGAGGAAGGGUUCAGCGAAGACCACUGGGAAGCGGAACUGGAGGAGGAAGAUGAGUGUGUUACCGAGCGGCUCGGAGGGACACUGUGCUUCGACAGCGGAGACGGAGGAGCUGACGAUGCAGCUGAGGGGGAGGGGUCGGGGCUGGACAGCGACUCCGACUUCCUGGGAGAGUCGAUGGAGGAGGGCCCCACGAGCACAGAUGCCAGUCCAGUGGGGGUCUCCCCCGUCGGCCCCUCGCCCCCCUCAUUCCUGGCCGCACAUCUCCAGGAGGGCUGGAGCUGGAGGAGCUUGCGUGGUUUUGGUUCCAGAAGUUCUGUCUCGUCUGUGACACGCCAGACCGACUCCUUGUUGUUCGAGGUGACGGACGCCAGCGUGAUACACGACGGAGCCUCGAAAUAUGUGGUGUACACAAUCCACGUGAUCCAGUCUGGUGGCAGCGAUAAGACUCCAGCCAUCAUCACCCGACGCUACUCCGACUUCCAGCGGCUGCACGCUACGCUGCGGCGUAAAUAUGGAGACCAGAUGGAGCGCGUUUGUUUUCCCCGAAAAAAGUUGCGGAGAAACUUCGCAGCAGAGACCAUCGCCGUACGCAGCCGGGCCUUUGAGCAGUACCUGUCCCACCUGUAUUCCAUCUCCGCCCUGCGAGGGGCGCUGUGCGUGCGGCAGUUCUUCUACCUGAGCGACCUUCAGGCUGGACAGCUCCUCAUCAGGUCGGCAUGUUUCCAGGAGGCCUUAGGUCCACUCCUCAAUGCCAAAAGACUGCAAUAUAAACUGGGUUGGACGAGUUACCAUGACAACCAGGCCCCUCUCGCCACCCCCUCCUCCUCCCACUGGUUCUUCACCCUAGUGGGGCUUUUGUGCUGCUUCCAAGAGGUGGGCCAGCUGGAGGAGGCUCGGGACCACUGCGACCACGCCCUGCGGGUUCUGACCCCCACCAGUUCAACUACAGAAGACAAGCCCCUCCCCCCACACCAAGCCUGCAGCAGCCUCCAACCGCCACUGCUGCUGCCGCUGCUGCGGGUGGUGGUCCGGCUGUCAUGGCAGACGGGGAAAGAUAAGCGGCAGUGGGAGGAGCUUCUGCAACACCUGGAGGAGGAGCAGGCGGGACUGGACAACCAGCCCACCAUCCACGAGUUUUUGGUCAAACACAACCUGCAGGAGGGCGAAGGGGACGGCUAGAACCGCACUGGGGGGUGAGCAGAGGUCUUCAGAGUAAAGGUCAAAUAUUUGAGGAAAAAGAUUGAUAUAAAACAUGAAGUUAUAGGUGAAGAAGGAGCUUUGACUUAAACAGUUAAAAAUCUUACACUGUUUCACCAUCAAACCAUUAAAGAUGACCUUCACGAUGACCUGCUGGAGCCGUACAGUUUUACUCUUGUUCUGAAGGAAGAUGUGAGAGCCAAAACUUCAGAUGCUGCUGAGGGUUUAGAGCAAAUUGUUGAGAAAAGGGAAAAAUGUGUGAAGUAAGUCAGUCAGGUCAAAGUUGACGCUCCGUCAGCGUUUCUCCUGCUCAGAGGUCUGGAGGAGUUCUGCAGUGAACAGGCAGACGUUGUGUGUUGGAUCUCCACUAGACCAGCUGGACUCCCUUCAAAGAUCAUUUCUGUUGGUCACUAAAAACCAUUUAUAUAAAAUUAACAUUUCAGUGUCAUUAAAAAUGAAUCACUUUUUAUUGUUUUUAAAGAAACCUCCAACAUUAAUUCUCCAUCUAUCAGUACAGUAAAAAAAUGUGAUUUAAAAUCUAAAACUCAUGUACGGAAGACGGACUGCCGAGUGUUUCUGCAUGGUGCGUUCACUGAACUCCUGACAUUAGCAGCAAAACGAAGCUUGUCAGAGAAAAUGUUGAUUGUAUAAAAAUGAUAAAAUCAUAGUAACGGACCGAGUUGGGCCUAGUGGUUGUUUGGGUCCGCUAAUGUCCUGAGUUCAGUGAACGCACCAUUCACAGAUUCUCGUCUGCUCUGAAUUCUGUCAAUCAACUUGUUUGUUCAAAGGUUUUAGGGAAAUAAAGGGAGGAGGGCAUUUGAGGAGAGUAGAUCCACCAAUAAAAUAGACUAAAAAACAACUUUCGUGGAGUGAUUUUCUUUUUAUGUUGUUAACCACAAAAUAAAAAGACUUAAAACAGGUGAAGUCUCAGCAUCUCAGUGCAGGAAAGGGAGAGGGGGACGUUUAUUUCUUGGUUUUUGAUUAUCUCGUUAUCACAAGAAAACAAGAAAAAUAAAUAAAAGUGAGGCAGGCCGUUUUCUGUACUCAUGAGACUUGGCAGGUCAGAUGGCUGGACCAGGAGAAGAAAACUCCAGUCUGCUUUGAACAGAAAAGUAAUGGGAAAUGUAAGAUCCAGGAAUUCUGCUCCUAUAUGCAUAUCUAGGCCUUAAAAACAUCCUCACAAACCCAGAUUUAAUAGAACCUAAUAUUCUAUUAAACAUGCAUGCACUAAUGAAGAAAAGAAUGCUGGAAAACAUUCUUUAAACCUUCUGAUGAUUUUCCAGACGACUCGUUUGAUUAUCCAGUGUUGACAUUAAACUAAAUAUGGAUAGUUGUGUUUGGAAACCAUGUGAUUAGUCUGGGUGAAUGGAAGGAGCCGAUUUGCUGGAGGACUGAAAAUCAAAGUGAGGAUAUUGUUCUCAUCUUAGUGUUUCCUGAUGAAAUGAGCUGCUAAAAUCUUCAAACCUAGAGGAGGAGAGGAGGAGGAGAGGAUCUCAGGACUUCCCCUGUCUGUGUUUGGGGGUUUAAUCUAGAUCUGUUUGUGUCAGAGGGGAGCCGUCUUUAGCACUGAGACUGACAGCGAAACUCCUCAGAACUUCCUAGCUGCACUGUCGAGCAGAUGUUUCAGUCGCUGCCUCGGAUGCGAUCUCUUCUGAACAUCCGGCGCGGCGUUCCUCCGGCAGACCUCCAACCAUCUGCACGGACUGUAGCUACACCUCGCUCUCCUCCACCUACACGGUCCGACGUGGCAUUCACUCUCACCGUCGUCAAGGUAAUCCCGGCUCGGUGAGGAUGUGGUUACUAUGGAGACGUGGUUUUAACGAUGACCUGGACUGAUGACUGGUUUUCAGACGGAAAUAGAAAUGAGCUGUAAUUGCUGCAGAGUUCUGUGGAUUUGAAGUAGAGCAGAGAAUGAAGCGAACAGGGAAAUGCAGUCACUAACAGAAGAGUUCACUCUGUUGCUAAUGAUGCACUCCAUUAUACAACUACUACACCUUAUACAAGUCACUUUUCAUCUUCUCAGGCUUAGCUUGAUGCCUUUUUCACAGCAGCAAUCAUUUCUCACCUUUUGCAUGAAGCACUUUAUGUCAGCCAUCGUUCAUAUUUACCCUCUUCAUGAUGGAUGAUUUGUUGUUGGGAAAACUGCUGACAUUUAACAACAGACUGCCUUUAAUGAAGUUUUAAAGGGAAGAAAGAGUUUCCUAAAGUGCAGUUUUAAAACAUGGGUUCUGAAAAUCAAGAUUCUUUUUUAAACUUGAAUAAAAUGAAAACCGAUAGAAUUUGCAAUUAUAAAAGCCAGUACUUUGCUAAACGUUUUAAAGGAGAAAUUUGAACGUCAUACGCUCAAAAAUGAGCUUUUGUCUAAUGUAAUACGUUUGUGUGCAUUUCUUCCCAGAGUUUAGUCUGUUGCUGUUUUCCUGUGUGCCUUUGAACCGAUUCACAAAUACUUUACACAUUUCAAUUACCCAGUCAGGUUCAAAAUGUUCAGAUGGUUUUGUAAACGUGGAGUUUGUGUAGAACUCCAUGAACUGAUCAUUUUUCCUGUUAAUACCGAAACCACAAAAGGGAAUUUCCACUGCAAAAUAUCAAUAGUUGUUACAAAGUUUUUUUGUUUGUUUGUUUGUUUUUUUUUUAAUAGAAAUUAUUAAUUGAUAAGAUUUUAUUUAAGACAAGUCCUUCCUGUAGUUGGUGCAACACCAACUUUUCAAAAAUAAAUCAGUAUUUAAACAGUUUACAUAAAAAUGUUAAAACUAAAGGGAAGUCUAAAUUUAAGCUCCGCCUUCUUUGCCUGGACAGCACUCCCGUUCAUCAGUUCAGUGUUCUCACGUUUGAUUUUUGCAGUGUCAUGUCAUGACUGAGCACUUCUUUGAACCGAGUUAGAACCAGACUCAGGAGGAACGGACGGUUUCAGAACUCUGCUACUUCCAGCCUCCAGGAGGCGACAAAGAUAACUUUUGGUCUGGGAAUCUGAGGAUCUUUCCAAACCAUCUGGAUCUGUUUUUAGCUGCUUUUUCACAGCUUAUAUUGUACAGACAAAGAAUAAACAAGCAGAUGAAUCAGGACUGCUUUUUUUUCUGAUGCAUGUUUUGAUAUUCACAGAGAUGUAUUUGUGCAGCAUAAAAUAAAUUUAUAGUUAAAUCUG